CGCCCGUGAAUCACUCACUAGAGCUCAAUGAAUCCCAUGGUGAAAUGCUGCCUGCUCCUCCUCCUCUUCUUGGCGGUUCUCUUGCCCGAGGCGCGCGCGACUUCGUGCCACCCCGACGACCUACAUGCGCUGCGGGGCUUCGCCGGGAACCUUAGCAGGGGGGCCGUUCUCCUUCGUGCCGCCUGGUCCGGCGACAUGUGCUGCGGCUGGGAUGGCGUGGGUUGUGACGGGACCGACGGCCGCGUCACGGCGUUGCGCCUCCCUGGGCGCGGCCUUGUGGGGCCCAUCCCAGGAGCCUCCCUCGCGGGUCUCAUGCGGCUGGAGGAACUCGACCUCGGCUACAACAGCUUGCACAACAUCUCAGGGGCGCUCACCAUGCUGCGUGGGUGCCAGAACCUCAGCACGCUGAUUCUCACCAAGAAUUUCGGUGGCGAGGAGCUACCCGGUGAUGGCAUUAUUGCUGGGUUCAAGAGCCUCGUGGUGCUGGACCUUGGUGAUUGUGCUCUCAAGGGCAGGGUUCCGGAAUGGUUGUCUCAAUGCAAGAACAUGGAGGUCCUUGACUUGUCCCGCAACCAACUGGUCGGCACCAUCCCGUCGUGGAUUGGUAGGCUUGAUCACCUUUGCUACUUGGAUCUCUCCAACAAUACAUUGGUUGGCGAGGUACCCAAGAGUUCUAAGGGCCUCAACACCUCCGGGUGUUCACCAGGUAUCAGUUUCACUAACAUGUCAUUGUAUCUGAAGCGUAGUGGAACAAGCAUACUUCGCCGACAACUUAAGCAUGCCCCAAAUGUCAUAGCUGGGACCAACAACAUUGUCAGAUCUGGUAGCAACAACGUUGUGGCUGGGAAUGACAACACUAUCAUAUUUGGGAAUAACAACGCCGUAUCCGGGAGCUACCAGGUCGUAUAUGGUAAUAACCAUGUCGUAACUGGGGAUAACCAUGUCGUGUCUGGGAGCAACCAUGCCGCGUCUGGGAGCCACCAUGUCGUGAUUGGGAAGCACAAUAUUGUGUCCGGGACCCACAAUGACGUAGGUGGGAGCAAAAAUAUCGUAUCUGGUAGCAACAAUGUUGUAUCUGGGAGCCACAAUACCGUGUCUGGUAAGAACCAUUUCGUGACUGGGCACAACAAAGUCGUAACCUGAGGUUAAUGACUGUACGCAUCAGAAGAUGUACUCUUGGGUAUGAUAAAGAAUAAAUAAAGAGACUCUCAUGUAUUCAGGGCAAAACUGAUGUAUCAGGAGUUUUAAUAGCUUGUAUGACAUAUCCAAAACUUAUGUAUGUAUGUAUGUAUGUAUGUGGGUACGUAAAAGGAAA